AAAGUAUAAAAGUUGGCAUCUAUCAAAGUAAAUUUUAAGUAAACUAAACAAUUUUAAAAUACUUUCUUAAACUCUUCACAAUUAUAGGGCGAUAAUUCUAAAACAAAAUAUGAGAAAGCAAUGCUUUUUAUUUUUGUUUUUAGUUUAUAACACUUUCCCGAUCCCUUCAGUUGGAACUCAAUCGUCUGAAGAAACUGCAAGAUUAAUAAAUCUACGCUUGUUGGUUGAUUGUACGGAUCAAGUUUACGAGUCCAAAAACAUUGUGCACUCCAAUUUCUGGGUGUUGAUUAUCGUUAUCUGAACAAUGUUGGACCUUUGGUGGAACGUUGGCGAUCGCCAAUUAGUUUAGCACUCUAUGCACCCGACUUGGAUUUUAUGGACACACUGAAGAGCAUUCUAUGGCUAAGACAGUGUGAUUCACAACAGAAACUAAUAAAAGAAUUGGUUAGUUUUCACAUUUACUUCGAUUUAAAUGAAAUACCAAAGAAAAUACCAAAGGCACGAUCAUUGUUGAAAUGGAAAAUAAAUUGUAGAGAACUUCCUCCAUUUGAUAAGUUGCUCAAACGUGAUCUCUACAGACUGAGCAAAGGAUUAGAAUAUCCCGUGAAUGUAGGACGCAAUAUAGCCAUAGAUGCGGCUUUAACACAUUUUGUGUUGGCUUCUGACAUCGAACUUUAUCCCUCGCCUGGACUGGCCCAAGGAUUUCUACAAAUGCUUGAAAAUAAUCAUACUCUAUUAAAGUCUGAGACACGGAUUGUUUAUCCCCUAAAGAUCUUCGAGGUGCAGCAAACAUCUGCUAUGCCGAGUACAAAAUACGAAUUGCAAAAUUUACUUGCCAAGGGUUCUGCUCAAUCCUUUCAUUUAACAAUUUGCCCCUCGUGUCACAGUGGACCUCGCUUAUCCGAAUGGAUAAACUCCAAAAACGCUUCUAAUAAUAUAAAAGUCUUUCAUGUGACCAAAUGGAAACCUUACUAUAAAUAUUGGGAGCCAAUAUGCAUUGGAACAAAGAACGAUCCACACUACUAUGAGCGUUUGACUUGGGAGGGAAUGUGGGAUAAAUGGACUCAGAUUUAUACGCUAUGUUUGUUGGACUACGAGUUCCACACUCUGGACAAUGCGUUUUUGGUACAUAAACCGGGUAUUAAAAAGGAUACAGUACAUGAAGAACGUUUGCAAAAGUCUUUUCGAACCUAUAAAUUAUUGAUGCGAGAUAUUAUUCUUGAGUUGGUCGAGAAAUAUAGUUGGCAUCGAAAUUGUGCCGUAUAAUUAAAUAAAAGUGAUUUAUAACUAUACUUAAUAACC